AUAGUAUGCUUGGCCCAUUUUCUUGACCUUCUGCUCAAACGAGCCCUUGCUUCCUCACUCUCCUUCGGUAAAAGCCCUAAACCCCUUCUCCCUUUCUCUCCCUUCUUCUCGACGCUAUAAACCCUAAACCCCUCUCUCUCGCUAGAAGACCCUACCUAAGAAUUUGGGAAGAUGAAUUUCAACAAUGUGAGAGUACCCAAGGUGCCAGGUGGUGGUGCCAUUGGGACUCUGAUUAAGAUAGGAGUUCUUGGUGGGCUUGGUUUGUAUGGAGCUACUAACAGUCUUUACAAUGUUGAUGGUGGACAUCGAGCUAUAAUGUUCAACCGUAUAGCUGGUAUCAAAGAGAAGGUUUAUCCUGAGGGGACACACUUCAUGAUUCCAUGGUUUGAGCGUCCCAUCAUAUAUGAUGUUCGUGCACGACCCCAUCUGGUAGAGAGUACUUCAGGAAGUCGCGAUCUCCAAAUGGUGAAGAUUGGGCUUCGAGUUCUGACUCGUCCUGUGCCAGACCAGCUACCUGAAAUUUAUCGAACCCUUGGUGAAAAUUAUAAUGACAGAGUCUUGCCUUCUAUCAUUCAUGAAACAUUGAAAUCUGUGGUUGCUCAGUAUAAUGCCAGCCAGCUUAUUACUCAGAGAGAGGCUGUUAGUCGAGAAAUAAGGAAGGUUUUGACAGCAAGAGCAUCCAAUUUUCACAUUGCACUGGAUGAUGUGUCCAUUACAAGCCUGACUUUUGGGAAAGAAUUUACUGCUGCAAUCGAAGCUAAACAGGUGGCUGCUCAAGAUGCUGAGAGGGCUAAAUUUAUUGUGGAAAAAGCUGAACAAGAUAAGAAGAGUGCUGUUAUCAGAGCCGAGGGAGAGGCCACCAGUGCUCAGCUCAUUGGUCAAGCCAUUGCCAAUAAUCCUGCAUUCAUCACUCUAAGGAAGAUUGAAGCUGCAAGAGAAAUUGCACAUACAAUCUCAAAUUCAGCCAACAAAGUUUUCCUCGAUUCCAGUGAUUUGCUACUCAACCUUCAGAAGAUGGAGUUGGAGAACCCUAGGAAUAAAUAGAGACUCUUGUUGAACUCAUGCCAACUACACCUGCAACCCCUCUUGGUUUUGUUUCUUUCUCAUUGUUGUCCAUUGGGAAAUAUCUCAUAAACAAAUUAGUUAAACAAAUCUUUAACUCUCUUUUGAUGGAUGUUUUGAAACAAGGGGUUCCAUUUUGGCUUGAGAAAGCUUCUGUUAAUGGAGAUAUGCAGUUCCUAGGGAA